AUGCUCACUUCCAUCCAUUCCUAUUCUCCCCAUUUGUCACUCAAUUCUACUGAAUCUGAAAGCCUCCACAAAUCAAUGAACACUCCAUCAUCAUCACUUUCAAAACAAACAAUCACUCCUCGAGAAGAAACUCCUUCCUCUCCUUCUGCUUCUACUUCUCACGAGAUUGAAGCAUUGAGUCCAUUGAAGAACCCAUCAAGUCCAUCGAAUCAAAAGAACUCUCCGGAAUUGGAAGAACAUUCAUCUUCACAAAAUCAAAACACAAUCAACAACAACAAACAAGAGUCCUUCUCGAGUGCUGUGGAACCUCUUUUAUUUGAAAAAACACUUCACCAACAAGAAGAAGCGAAUUCUGAUUUAGAAUUACAGGAGAUUAAAGAUCGAUUGCAUCAAGUGAUGAACAUGUCCACGAGGGUCUUGCAACGAUCCAUGUUGGGAGAUUUUAAGAAGGAAGAAGAAGAAUUUAAAAAGAAACCUCCAAAUUUGGAAGAAAUGAGUGAUGAUGAAGAGGAAUUUGAUGAAGAACAUGUGGAGGCCUAUCAUUCAGAAGACGACUUCCUCAUCGAUGAAAAAGGACAUGAAAGAAUUCCCGAGCAUGAGGAGGAUAAUACCUUGAAUGGUGAGACGAAAGGCGAAUUUGACGAACAUUUAAAUCGUCUUUAUCCAUCACUUCGAAAAUCGAAUCAACAACAACAUGAAUUCCGUUCUUCGUCGACUCAACCAACCUCUUCUUUCACAUCCUUUCGAAAUCGUUCAUCUCCAUCAUCCUCUCGAGACAAGGAUCUCUCUUCUUUAAAUCAUCAUCAUGAUUAUGAACAAGAAGAGGAGAUGGAACAUUUGAAACCCUAUGCUAGUGUUCGCUCCAAGAGUCAACUCGUUCCAAAAGAAGACACUGAACCGAAGCAUUAUUAUCGAAUUGCCACCAUGUCCACUGGUAUGGUCUUUAUGAUUAAUAGUUUCAUGCUUUAUUUUGGUGGACAAGGUAAAAUUCAAGUUGCAGAAUUGUAUGGAUUCCAUCAAGACAGCCCUCAUUUGCAGAGAACAGUGGCUAUUCUCUUCUUUGUGAUGGGAGUGAUUAAUUUAGCUCCAAAUUUGUUUGGAGGAGAAGAAGGAUUCUCUCUGAGAAAUGCUGCAGAAUAUUUCCCCUUCUUAAUUGCAGUGUUGAAUGUGGUGGUGGCAACACACUAUGUAGUUGAGAAUUUCAGGCAGGGAGAGACGCUGAAUGUGAAUUGGAUCUCUCUAAGUGGAUUGGUGCUAUUUAUCGUGUUGAAUAUCAAGUUGGCGACCUUGUCACAUCCCGGUGCAAAGAUUAAGGUGAAAAGGUCAGAGUAUUUCCAGCAGCAGCAACAGAUGAAAUACCCGUCCAAUAAUAAAAAUCAGUAA